CUUUAAAGGGGCCGCUCUACUAGAGGAUUAAAGAAGGGGUGCAAGGGCUUAGCGCAUGGAAUAAUGAAUGUGCAAUCUGUCUCCCCCACUCUCCCCUUUAUAUUUUGCAACGUUCCUUAGCCUUCAUAGAGGGCAUGUUUUAUAGCCUGACAGCAUCUAGGGAUAGGACACUCCCUUAUCCUUAGUGCGUUGUCUGCUUGCCCCCGGGGCAAGUUUCUGGUUUGGACAUAACUACACAGCGCAUUGCAAAUGAGAACUCAUACCAGGUGCAAGCGCAAACCAAGCCAUUACAAAGAAGGAGAGCGUUCUACUGCCAGACUCUGAAAUGCAAACGAGACCUCUUACGCUCUGCAGUGGGAGGAGUCCAAAUUACCAUAGGCUGAAAAUGUGUCUUGAGCGAAUCCGAUUCCCCCUCCCCACACACAUUUACUACAUCAAGCAUAAACAAGUGCAAGCUUUAGAAGACGGCCUUCCCAUGUUUGCAUCUCAAGGAAUAGGCUUACCUCCCAGGAGAACAGUUUAGCAAAGGAAAUCGAGACAUCAAAGGAAUUAAAGAGGUACCAAACCUGAAGCAUGGACUUCAUUGCUUCCCUGAAUCAGAGUCAGUGCCUGAAAGAAAAGUUGGUCUGUAGGCAAAGGCCCAACUCUUCCCAUGGGGCAAAUAGAAAGCAGGAGAAAUAUGGAGCAUGACUCAGCCUGCAACUGUGGCAGAACAAACAACUCUCAGCAGACAGAUUCCUCGCGACGCCUCCGAAGACACCUUCUGACAAAGAGUAAUGAAUGCAAGCUCCAAGGAAACUUGGCAAAGAUGAGCAGUAUCCUUCUUUGAUGGCCAUGAGUCCUCAAACUGUCUCCCUGAAGUGUCUCCACUUUGAAAGGAAUAAUCAAAUCCCCAAAGGAGUCUUAAGAAUCACAACGCUGGGGUUCCAUUCUCUAUCCUCCCCCAGUCUUUGUUUGUCUUGUCUAUUUAGAAUGUAUAUUUGACCCCAGCACAACAGGGCACUGCUCACAGUUGGGGCCUCUACACAUUAUCAACAAGGACUAAAUAAUAAGGGCCUCAAAAACUUCAUAACUGGGGCAAAUCCUGAAAGUGGUAGGGCACCUGCUGCUGCUGUCAAAGCCAAACAGGCUCUGCACUCUCUGUAAGUGCAGUGAUGUCACAAACCUUUGACAUCACAGACAUACACAGAUCCUUGGGAAGCACAGAUAACAGCAGGCUUCUGUUCUUCCCUGAUGUCGGUGGUAAAAUCAAUUAACCUGGUGCUGCCUGAAGAUAAGGUGUAUUUGGCAGGCUCUGGCAUAGAUGGCCAAGUGAUUCUGAAUCUUAACAACUCUUUGAUCGACCCCAUAGUGAAGGUAGAGCUCGUGGGAAGAGGCUAUUUGGAGUGGAAUGAAGAGAUGAAUGCUGACAAGGAUUACAGCAGAGACAUUGUCUGCAAUAACAAGGCUGACUACAUCAAUAAAACAAAGACAUUCAAAAUAGAGGAUAACUGGCUUGGUUCGGGCACCCAUACCUUUGAUUUCAACUUCAACUUACCUCCCCGACUUCCAUCGACAUUCACCAGCAAGAUAGCCCGUGUCUCCUACUUCCUCCAAGCCUCCUGUGCCAGCCGCGAGCUCAUCUUAGCCAAGCAGAAGAAAUAUUUACUGGUGCAAGGGACCUCUGGCGUCUUUAAAGAUAAAAUAGAAUCAGAGUACCCUUUGACGGUGGAAGUUGACAAGAACGUUGCUUACCAUUGCUGCUUCCGACACGGCCUUGUCAUCCUCCGGCUUUCCCUGGUGAAAAACACAUUUGCCCCUGGUGAAAACAUCAUCUUCACGACAGAGAUUGACAACCAGACAGGCAAGGCCAUCAGGAAGGUGGUUUUUGCCUUGUACUCCAUCAUCCUCUACUUUGGCUACACCAUUAGGGCAGAGCAGCGCUCCUUGGAAGACCGAAAUGAACUGAUGAGACUGGAAUCCAGAACUAAGGCAGUCCCCUCUGAGGUCACAAGGAUCACUAGCAUGUUCUCCCUGCCCAGGCUACUCUCUGUCAGCAGCAUGUCCAUAGCCAACGAAAUCAUGGAAGUCCGGUAUGAGUUGAUAGGGACUGUUUACCUUCCGUGGUCCAUGACCAAAGUUGUGGCCAAAGUACCUAUUGUCAUAAGAACCACAGCUGCAAGCAAUCCUGACAACUAGCAGAGGGGUGCAGAUCUGCAGCAGAAGUGAAAACGACCCUGUGGAUACACCCAGUGUUUUCAGAUGAAUCUCUAUACAGUGAUCCAGGAACAAGUUUGCUGAGGUCCAGAUAAUAAAGGUUUGCUGUGAAAUACAUGUGUGCGCCAACUGCCUGAUUUCACAAGAGGGCUCUGGAUUGGAGGGAGGCGCCACAUGGAGGCCAAACAUGAGAGAGGAUAGGGCUUAAUAGGACCCAAGAGCAGGGUGAGAAUACAAAGAGACGUUGCGUGCUCCCCAAUCAGGAUUGCAGUGUGUUCUAGUGAGAUCAGAAGACUGGUUCUAACCCCAGCUUCACGGCUGACUCACUGGGUGAGUGGCUUUGCUUCUCUGGGUCUUGGGUUCCUGCUCGGCACAAUGGGAAUGAUCCUGGAGCAGAUUCACAGGUUCGUGUCUCACCCAGCCAAGUGUUUGGAGGCAGGAAGGGAGGCCCAGGUCAGUGGCCAAGACUGGGAGGGAUCUGGAGGACAAACACCCUUUAAAUAGAUGUCCCUGGGCCCAAGGACAUGCCUAAUGUUGUCUCUGCUCCCAGGGUGUCCCUCUACCUAGAAGUAUGGAGCUGGCAAGUCUGGAAGAAUGGAGGAACAGGACUGUGUGGAGAAUGGGCAGAUUGAGAGCCAAGAACAAGCCAGCCUGCCUGCUGAUUGAGCAACAUCAGGGGAGGCUGGGGAAAGAAAUCAGACUGUGCGGGACUGCAUACAAGCCUAGAGAUGGGCGGAGGCUGGGUAGGCACUAAGGGAGCCACAGGAAUGGGAGAGGGAACAAGCAGCAGGUAUACAGGGAGCAAAAGAUACAUGAACCCCCCUCUGUGUCUCCUGGUGCAGGAAAGAAGCUGCAGGGCACUGUAGCAAUCCCCUGGCCAGGACCACAAUACAGGGCAUACCUGAAGAGACCAUAGUUUGGUGAGGAGGGAAUGACAGAAUUGUAAACUGGUGCUUGAUUGGAGUAUCCCUACA